UCAUCAAGUAAGGUCAUAAUGGAGAAAGAGGAGAGGCCACAUGUUUUAGCUGUUGAUGACAGUUUGGUUGAUAGAAAACUCAUUGAAAGGCUUCUCAUCAACUCUGCAUGCAAAGUAACUACAGUAGAGAAUGGGCAAAGGGCCUUGGAAUUUCUGGGCUUAGGAGACGGACAACACUCCAUCAACAGUAGUGACUCUAAAGUAAAUUUGAUAAUUACUGAUUAUAGUAUGCCUGGAAUGUCUGGAUAUGAGCUACUUAAAAAAGUCAAGGAAUCAUCGGACUUGAAAGAGAUACCAGUAGUGAUAGUGUCAUCUGAGAAUAUCCAGACUCGAAUCAAGAAAUGCUUGGAAGAAGGAGCUCAGGAGUUCAUGUUGAAACCUCUCCGACAAUCAGGUGUGGAGAAGUUGAUAUCUGACAUGAUGAAAACACGAAUUAAAAAAAAAAAAAGUGAGGCACUCGAAGUGUCAGUAAAAAUCUUUAGCAUUGAUGUUGUAGUAGCACUUAAAAGUGUCACUAAAGUGCUAUUACUGGGCGAUGGUGGUCGUGAUGGUCUAACGGUGACAACGGAACUUGCGGUGAUGGUAGUCGUGGAGCUUGAGGUAGUGGUGAUGGAACUUGGUUGUGAAAAUGGGUGA